GCCAAUCCCUCAACCCUUUCUCACCAACUCACUUCUAGAAGCAAUUACCUUCACUACUCUCUCUCUCUUUUUCCAUUAGUCAACAGCUUAUAUAACUACUUCCUUGAGACCUCUUAAGGGCCGGCCUUAAUGCUUCAGCAACAUAGAAAACAAGAAGAAGAAGCUCUAGCCCUCUUCAUUAUUUUCUGAUUCUGCUUCUAAAAUUAAAAAUUUAUAUUUCUGCUACUGUUACUAGUUGCUGUUAUUACUACUACUUGUGUUGGUUGUUUUUAUUAUUGGUGUCAAUGGGAAGGUCUCCUUGCUGUGAAAAGGCUCACACAAACAAAGGUGCAUGGACCAAGGAAGAAGAUGAUCGCCUUAUUGCUUAUAUUAGAGCUCAUGGUGAAGGCUGCUGGCGCUCACUUCCUAAAGCUGCUGGCCUUCUUCGAUGUGGGAAAAGUUGCAGACUUCGUUGGAUCAACUACUUGAGGCCUGACCUUAAACGUGGGAAUUUUACUGAAGAAGAAGAUGAACUUAUUAUUAAACUCCAUAGCCUUCUUGGUAACAAAUGGUCUCUUAUAGCUGGGAGAUUACCAGGAAGAACAGAUAAUGAGAUAAAAAACUACUGGAAUACACAUAUAAGGAGGAAGCUUUUGAACAGGGGAAUUGAUCCUGCAACUCACCGGCCACUCAAUGAACCACCUCAAGAUGUCACAACAACAGCAACAGCAACAACAAUAUCUUUCUCUGCACCCAAAGAAGAGAUUAUUAUUAACAGCAAUAGUGCUAAAGAGAAAAAAAAUUCCAGUGGGGGAUUUGUUUGCAAAGAGGAGAGUAAACAUCAUCAUCAGGUUCAAGAAAGGUGUCCAGACUUGAAUCUUGAGCUGAGAAUCAGCCCUCCAUCAUCACAACAAAACCAAACUGAGCCAUUGACAAAUGGAGUGAGAAGUAGCAGUCUUUGUUUCACUUGCAGUUCUGGGUUAAAAAAUAGUAAAGAUUGCAGCUGCAUGACUAGUGUUGGAAUUGGAAUUGGAAGCAGCAGCACCAGCAACACAUGCUAUGAUUUCUUAGGACUGAAAGGUGGAGUUUUGGAUUACAGAAGCUUGGAGAUGAAAUAAACAACUACACAAUUGAGUUUGAAAUUGAAUCAUGUAGCUGAUGUGAUGAUGAUGAUCACCAGAAUGGAGAGAACUGAAUAUGAGAUUAAUAUGAAUUAGUUUCAAAUCUCUCCACUUUUUCUCUUUUCCUUUCUUUUGAUUUCUCUCUAAUUUGUAUGUUUAUUAUUAAUCAGUGAUUAGUGGUAUAGUGCUAGUACAGAUGAUCAAUCUUAUUGGUGAACAUUUUGCAUUGGUUGGAGUAUAUUUAGUAUAUAUAAACUGUUUCUUUUUUUCUCUUUUA